AUGGUGUGGACGGUGAAUCUCAGUAAACUGGUCCUGGCAGUGUAUGGAUUCACUCUCAUCACAGGUGUUCCUGCAAACAUCUUGGCGUUAUACACCUUCUGUAAGAAGAUUCGCCGGAGAUCCACUCCUACAGAUGUCUUGCUCCUCAGCUUAACCAUCUCUGAUCUGGUCUUUCUCUUUUUCCUGCCAUUUCGUAUGGUGGAGGCGGCAAACAUGAGGUGGACCCUGCCAUACUUCCUCUGUCCACUGUCGGGUAUGAUCUUCUAUGCCAUCAUCUGUAACAGCACCUUCCAUCUGACGGCCAUCAGUGUGGAGAGAUAUCUGGGCGUGGCCUUCCCCAUCAAAUACAAGUUAAAGCGUAACCCCAGAAACGCUCUGAUAGCCGUGGUGUUUUUCUGGUUGGCGUCCAUGGCUCAGUGCAGUAUCGUCUAUGUCAUGCAAUACCACCAUCAUUCAAACCCCAACUUCACCGAGCCGUCCAAAAGGAACAGCUGUUAUGAUGAAUUCAGCGAGGAACAGCUGAAGAUCCUCGUGCCGGUUCGGCUGCAACUUUUUGUUGUGUACUUCUGCAUUCCUGUCCCCAUCUGCUGCUUCUGCUACUUCAGGUGCAUCCAUAUCCUCACCAAUCUACCCAACGUCAACUCCAAGAAGCGGAUGAGAUCCAUUGGGAUGGCGCUGGGGACACUUCUGGUCUUCAUCGGAUGUUUCAUGCCCUUCAGUGUAUCACAUCUGGAGGGGUAUGUUGGCGGUUACAGCACUGAAUGGAGGCCAUAUGCUCUGCUCAGCUGCACGCUGAACGCAUGUCUCGAUCCUUUCAUAUUCUACUUUUCAUCUUCAGCGUUCAGAGAGACUUUUAAGAGUGUCUUGCGAGAGCUGGUCAGGAGGAUCCAUCUACAUUGCAGAAGCUGCAAGAGGGAGAUAGAAAUCUAA